ACCAAUAGGAUGAGGCGAUAUCUAUUUGAACUGUGAAAAGCGGGCUCGCUAACAUUCGAGAGGGAAACAAAGAAGGAGUCAACAUCUCGCUACUUUUGGACGUGAAAAACUGGAAUCAUUUACAGUUUCUCAUCAGGAUCUUUGGCUAUCAUAUAAGUCAUGUCUCACAAGCAGAUUUACUACUCUGAUAAAUACGACGAUGACAAGUACGAGUACAGGCACGUAAUGCUACCCAAAGAAAUUGCAAAACGUGUACCCAAGACCCAUUUGAUGUCAGAGACCGAGUGGAGGAACCUGGGGGUCCAGCAGAGCCAAGGAUGGGUGCACUACAUGAUCCACCAGCCAGAGCCACACAUUCUGCUCUUCCGACGCCCUCUGCCCGCCCAAAAGUCAUAAGGGAGAUAUUCUCUGGGUCUGUGAAUGAUCAGCCCUAUUUGUGCCAUGGAUCAACUCGUCAACGUUGGGAUCAUGUUGUCAGAUUGCCAACCUCUUGGGUGGUAGGUGACGUGUUGUUUUUGGCUGAUCAUUUUGGACCUGGAGAAGGAAUAUCGCAUUUAUGAACAGUGGUUGUGUAAUGGAGUAUGCGUUUGAAGGAAAUCAACCCUUCACUUGAGAAAAAGACUUCACGUGUAAACGGCGACACGCCGUCUGCCAGAAACCUUCAAAUCGGCUAGCACUGUCUUUUUGACUUGAUGUAUCUGUCCAUCUUGCUGAACCUGCUUGGAUAUUCCAGACUUUUAGAACAAAUGUUAUAAGAUGUGGGGAGUGAAACUUGUUAAACAUUUGAGUAAUUCCAACAGAUUGCAUUCUGUGUGAAGCUCUGGUUAGAGCACAAGCCAGAUAAAAUAGUAGGAUCCCAAAUUAAGUUGACUCGGAAACAUCAAAUUGUGGUUUUAACAUGUUGCUGCUUGGUUUAAAUGACACUGUAGAUUUGCAUUUAACAAUUUUUGACAUGUGCAUGAAAAGCCGCAUCCACAAGAGUCACCUCGAAACUACUUUUGAUCCCUUCCAUUAGCUUUGGCCUGCUCUCAAACAAACCUUUUUUUUGAUGGGUCUGACUGCACCAGUGAGCUGCUCAGUAUUUAUUAACGUUUUGCCCUUUCUGAAAUAAAUGUAAACUUUUAAACCUUA